AUGGCCAAUACCGACGUUCAUAUGUCCGACUACUCAACUAUGGACGGGCUCAUUGAGACCCUUACCAAGGGUAGUCCUACGCAGAAGAAAGAGGCCCUCAUUACCCAACUUCAGGCCUUGGAGGAAGCGUACCCAGAGGGCGAAGGCCAAGAUGUUGCACCAAGCGCUGAGAACCAGCCAACCGUACUUGAUUACCAGAAAGCGUAUAAGGAAAAGGACGAGCUAGCUCAGGCAAAGAACCGCCUUCAGCUCGGGAAUGAUAUUCUUGAAGCUGACAACAUUCAGUACGAAUCGGAAAAGUUUAAGCUUGAAGAGCAGCGCGAUGAGCUACUUGAGGAGAACCAAGAGCUGAAGGAGGAAAGGGAUCACCUUGCCAAGGAACUCGCUGAAGAGAAGAAGGCCUUCACGCGCCAGGAAAAGCGAAAGCUUGUCGAGGAAAAAGCUCAGCUUGGUAAAGAAAAGGAUGAUCUGAAAGCGGCAAAAGACCGGGUCGAAGGGCUAUUUGCCGAGCACAGACAGAUGGCAGGGAACCUUCCUCGCCCUGAAAUGUCGGAUUUCCUUCCUCCUGCACCUUGA